CUCAUCAACAUUUUUUCCUUUUAGACACUUCCUCUUGAUCUUUUCUACCGGCCCAUCAAAAUUGAAUCACCAACCGAUUGCCAUCCACCAAAAUGCCAUACACCACUCGCUCCAAGAAAACACAGCCAAAGAAAAACACGAAGGCCCCCAAUAAGAAGAAGGGUCCGACUCGUCGGACCAAAACUUCCACCAAUCCAGCUCAAACCUCUCCUCGCGAAGACCAGUCACCACCUCCAACGGAUACUCAAGGACAGCCACCACAUACGGAUCCCUCUAUCAAUCCUUCUGGCUCUAAUAAUAACAAUCCGAAAGUCAAAGGUCCCUUUCGAUCUCGAUUUCCCCAAUUAGAAUUAGACAUGUUCGAAGAUGAACUCCCGAAAUGGACACUUGUUGGUCUUCGAGAAGCAAUUGUUCACCAAGACUCUCGUCGCAGCAAAGCUCCAAAAGAAAUCAAAGAUCUUGUCAAGAUCAUGCGAUUUGAGUUUGAGAAAAGGAUCCUCAUGAUUGCGCUCAUGGCUGGAGUGCCUGAAGUUGUAAUCUGGAAUUUGGUGAUUUGGGUCAAAGAAAGUCAAGGCCAAUCCUUGGAUUCGAUUCCUUUCCUUUUGUAUCAAGUGCCUUGGUGACCAACUUCCGGAUCGCGAUGACAAAGACACUUGGGUGGCUCGGAAUCAGAAAAUGUCGGAUGAAUGGAACAAACUCUCCAAGGACGAACAAAGGGUAUUUCGUGAUCCAUAUUUCUUCGCCUUGGCCAAUCUGCCAGACUACGCCAAUCAAGACC